AUGUCAAACUACACGGAUUACUUGAAGGAUCUCUACUACACUCCCGGUAAACCGGGAGCAUUUGCUGGUCCCGAAAAAUUGUAUCAAGCCGUUAAACAGGAAGGCAAAUACAAGAUUGGCAGAAGGAGAAUAAGACAAUUUUUAAACAACGAAGACUCAUAUAGUCUUUAUAAGCCUAUUCGUAAGACGUUUCCGCGCUCUAAAGUAAUAGUGAACACAAUCGACUCUAUGUGGGAUGGUGACUUAGCCGACGUCAGUAAUAUUGCAUCUCACAACGACGGUUACAAAUUCUUAUUGGUUUUAAUUGACAUAUUUAGUCGAUAUUUAUUUAUAGUCCCCUUGACAAAUAAACAUCAUCAAAACAUCAUCGAUGGUUUAAAAUCAGUUUUUCAAACUGGACGAAAACCACACACCCUUAGAACAGACAAAGGUAGCGAAUUCAAAAAUCGUUGGGUAAAGACGUUUCUGAAAAAAGAAGGAAUUAACGUGAUAUACACACAAAAUGAAACCAAAGCAAAUUAUGCGGAGAGAGUGAUUCGUACCAUGAAGAACCUUAUGUAUCGCUAUUUCAUGAAAAACAAAACUUACCGAUUUGUGAAUGUGUUGCAAGACUUGGUGAAAAGUUACAACAACAGACCUCACAGAUCUUUGGGUGGCAAUGCUCCCCUUACUGUCAACCAGGGAAAUGCUGAUGAAAUAAGACUCGAUGCUUAUCUUGCGGGAACAAAACCAAAAUCGGAUCUGAGAAAAAAGAAUGGUAACCAGCAUACAUCCAAGAAAACAAUGAAAAAAAGAGUAAAACCAUUUUUCAAGUUAAAAGUUGGAGAUAAUGUCAGGAUAUCACAGCUUAAACACCCUUUUCAAAGAGACUAUCAACAGAAAUGGACAGAAGAAUUUUUCAAAGUCGUUAAAAGAUACAAAAGGGGUCAAAUACCUGUAUACAAAGUACAAGAUUUGGCAGACGAUCCUAUAGAAGGCACCUUCUACCAAUCUGAGCUUCAAAAAGUUGUCAAGUCUGAAGAUGUUGCCUAUAGAGUUGAAAAAAUUCUUAAAAGGAGGCGUCGUGGAAAAACCAAAGAAGUAUUUGUAAAAUGGGAAGGAUGGCCUAAGAAAUUCAAUUCUUGGAUUCCAGAAAGCUCUCUGGAAAAGCAAUAA